AUGGAGUUGCAUAUUUUAGAACACAGUUUAAAAGUAGCGAGUAUAGCAAAAGAGGGCAUUCAGAUUUGCACUCAUGGAUUAAUCAAACUCGCCUUCUUGCCCUCUAAAACAAGGUAAGAAGCUAUAUAGAUAUGAACACUGUUAUUAAAUCCGUUAAAAUAUAACAAAUUAAUCAUAAAUAUCGUAUUGGGCAGUAAUGUUAUUGCAAACUAAUUGCGGGACUGGAUUAUGUAGCCGAUCGUUGUAGCAAAGCGGUGCAAUUUUAAUUGUGUUUAGUACAGUUGUCUUUUUAGCUUUAAAUGAAAUGCAUGCUCUGUUGUUUUUGCAUGUGUCAAUGAGUGCUGGCAGUGGCCUAUUCUUUAAAUUCAGUAGGCUAUUUCGUUUUGUAUUUACAUGUUCAGCUUUUGUAGUCCGACGUGAAGGGGUGUGUGUACGUGCAUAGUUUUCAGCUCUGCGGUGUUGUUUUUCGUUGUGUGUAGCUGUAAAAUUAUCCGGGGUGAGGUGAUUGAUUUGAAAUCGAACUUGAACCGGUGGCGUGAGACAUUCAUAUAUAGGCCUAUAGUCGGCAUUUACGUAGUCCGCGAUGAUGCCGAAUAUAUCAUUUGCGAUGUUGCAAUCAUGAUAUGUUGUUGUUUGCGCCGCGAGCCAUUAUAUCUGCUGCCGGAGAAGUGAUUGCGCUUGACCGGUGGUUGUGUUUCUGACUACAGGCUUUGUGCCUUUCUGUUUUUAAUAAUUUUAAUAGGCUAUUAAGGGAUCACAAUAACAAUGUAAAGAUUAUUAUAUUAAUUUCACCUGGCAUGAUGAGGACAGGGCAGGUUAUAGCCAGGAUAUCUUCUGUAGGUUAAGCCUAUUGCGAUAGUUAUACGAUUAUGGCAUGCCACUGAGAAUAUUCUCAAUAGGCUAUAGGCCUACUCUCUAACCUAAACUUCGUUAGUGUUAUUUUCCUCAAGUGAUUAUUUCCUCAAGGGUAAUUUACAUGUAUGUGAGAUGCAUUCCAAUAAUAUUGCAGUUUUGCAUUCCUACAAAGAUCUUUGUAUCAUUGCAGUUAUAACUGCACCAGGACACAAGUUGAAGGCAAGUCUUUUUUUAGUGAGGAUCCUUACAUUAAGGACACAUGGGAUUGGAAAGGCCAUUGGCUAGCCUAUAUGGCCAAGCUGUCCUCAGGGCAACUCCCCCUCCACCUUUCAGUGACCUUUUUUUGUGUGCUCCACUGACCCCUAAAAAUACUUGAAAAAGAGGUAGAGGUCCACAGGAUGUAAUAUACAUUUUUAUCAUGGAGUGUUUUUAUUUAGAAUAUUAGACUGUCCUCAGCUGUGAUUUGGGCCUUGUUGCAGCUUUAAAUUCAUGGCAUUACUACCAUUUGGGAGUCACUAAUAUAUUUUUUUAUACAGUACUUUUAGAUUUUACAGUACUUUUUGUAAUUGCCUCAUAUUUCGAGUCAAGUAAGGGUGUGUUGUUAAUUGUCCAGGGGUGUUUUAACAGCCUGAAACAAACUCAUUUAGAAGCUCCCUGUGAAGUGCCUCACAUUCAUGUAGAAUGUGAAUGAUGCUGACAAAAUGUGGAGCCACACAAACACAAGGGGAUGGCUUGGAAGCUGCGUACCACCUAGAAUGUUGUUGAUGGUCAAAGAUACCUAAAAAGAAAAGAUAGGGGCGUGGAUCAGAAAACCAGUCAGUAUCAGGUGUGACCACCAUUUGCCUCAUGCAGAGUGACACAUCUCCUUCGCAUAGAAUUGAUCAGGCUGUUCAUUGUGGAAUGUUGUCUCACUAAUCUUCCAUGGCUGUGCGAAGUUCUGCGGUUGUGAGGCCGGUUGCCCAUACCAUAACCUCACCGCCACCAUGGGGCACUCGGUUCACAAUGUUGACAUCAGCAAACGGCUCACCCACAUGACGCCAUACACGUGGUCUGCGGUUGUGAGGCCGGUUGGACGUACUGCCAAAUUCUCUAAAACGACGUUGGAGGCGGCUUAUGGUAGAGAAAUUAACUUUUAAUUAUCUGGCAACAGCUCUGGGGGACAUUCCUGCAGUCAGCAUGCCAAUUGCACGCUCCCUCAACAUGAGACAUCUGUGGCGUUGUUAUGUGACAAAAUUGCACAUUUUAGUGGCCUUUUAUUGUACCCAGCACAAGGUGCACCUGUGUAAUGAUCAUGCUGUUUAAUCAACUUCUUGAUAUGCCACACCCGUCAGGUGGAUGGCUUAUCUUGGCAAAGGAGAAAUGCUAACUAACAGGGAUGUAAACAGAUUUGUGCACAAAAUGUGAGAGAAAUAAGCUUUUUGUGCAUAUGGAAAAUUUCUCAGAUCUUUUAUUUCAGCUCAUGAAACAUGGGACCAUCACUUCAUAUGUUACAUUUAUAUUUUUGUUCAGUAUAAUAAUUUUAAUUGAAAAGGGCAUUUUAGAAUCCCUACCUGUUAAUUUACUGUGCAUCUUCGCACUUAUUAGCCUAAUACACUGUGCAACCAUUCAAUUGCAAGGCUGUAGAGAAUCAUAUUACCAUGGUUGACUUGUUUCAAGUUCUUCAUGAGCAAUGCGAGAAACACCAAGUACUUUUAACUACUACAACAAUAUUUUUAUGAGGACAUUUUUUAUGAGGACAUGGCCUUGUUGCACAAUCCCUCAGAUUCAUCUAACGUUUUUCAAGAUGAGAGAGGUCAAAAUUAGAGAUCAAGUUAAAUAAGUAUAUUCUGACAGCAGUUUCCAGGUACAUAUGCACCAAAAGUAAUGGGGUAGACCUAAACUUCAAAACAGCACUCUAAAGCAGGGCUCUUCAACCCUGUUCUUGGAGAGCUGCCCUCCUGUAGGUUUUCUCUCCAACCCCAGUUGUAACUAUCCUGAUGGGCUAGACUAGGGUUGGAGUGAAAACCUACAGGACGGUAGCGCUCAGGAACAGAGUUCUAGAGCCCUGCUCUAAAGGCUAUUGUUAGAUUAGCAUCCUUUCAUCAACUCAACACCUUAAAUUAACACAAAUCCAAUAGUGGAAAAGCGCCACGUCGUACUGAAGGUGAAUGUAAUCGGAAGUCUCCUUUAUAUUAAUGGCAGUGAGACACCCUUUCUCCAUGCAUAUGUAUUAGUAAAGCUCUCCAUCAUAUCAACCCAAGGACACUUGAGAUGAUGAUAAGAUGACACAACAACAGGAGAUGUUUUGGACAAGUAGGCCACUUCAGCAUUUAGGAGAUGACGUACGCCAUUAUCAUUAAAGAAAUGACGCAUGGCAUCAGACUUUCCACAAUCAACAUGUAUCAUGGUGCCCCUCGAUUAAAAGAGAGGUGUGGGUGAAUUGGACAAACAUAGCUCAUCAGCCAGUGUCUCCUCUCUCCCAGAAUUGUGAGCCGGUUCAGGUUUUACGAUCAGCAUAAAAGUCUGCAGCAGCUACUGGCAGUCCCAACUCAAGAUACAUGUAUUUGGGUAUGUUUGCAUAGACAGAUGCAUGGAGCUAAAAUAUUCAAAAAAACAUCUCUCCGGUUUUGCAAUUCCUCUGGCAACGAGGUUUACACAACUGUACAGAGCUCCUAUCACUCAUAACUGAGGAAUGAAAUGUAAGAAAUAGCUGGGUUUAUUUCAAGCUGAGAAAUACCAUGGCGUAUUUCUGUGUUGUCUUGAUGACCUGAUUGGCCUCAAAUAUAGCCCAUAUGUCAUUAAAUACGGUGAUAAAGAAGAUAUUAACAGACUUGUGAUCACACACACAUUGUUUGCGUUGAGUGUAUGCAUGUGUUGCUUGCUUUCCACAAAAGGAACUUUGGGGGCCAUGUGGGGUCACAGAGAUUUUUUGGAGGCUGAUUACCUUAGAUUCAGACAGCCUCUCUGUCUGACCAGGGCAAGCUGGUGUUUUUUCUCUGAUCCAUCUGCUUCCUUAAAGAGGUUGUACGGAAGUUUAGUUGCUAAUUGUUUACCAAAAAUGUUGGCUUGAGUUGACUGAAUAGUGCGUAUACACAUAGGCAAUAGGCAUAUGAUAUAACAUUAAUAUAAAAAAAUGUACUAAUGAAACCACAAUACUUUAGGCUAACAAUAUGCUUUUGCUCCUCUGCAUUGUCCAAUGCGGUAAUUUCUGGGCAAUAGGUAAAGGUUCAUUAUUGCCUGCAAGCAGCUUCCAAUAACUCCUUCCCAUUUUUUAUAAUUGAACUUAGAUAAUGAAUAUGUUCUGUUGAAACUAACUGGUGAUUUACAAGUAGCAUAAUGAACCACGUUAUUCACUGUAAAACUCUUUCGUUUCCAGAUGCAAAUUUUUCAGUUUGACGGAAACUCCGGAGGACUAUACCAUUAUCGUCGACGAGGAAGGCUUCAAAGGUGGGUUUUGUAGUCGCUACCUCUGGAUCUUUAAGGUUACUGUGGAAACAAGGAUCGGACCACGGGAAAUAAUUUGUAGCCCUAUGAUUUUCUCUAAUUACUCGUAUCUUGACUGGCUGUCGAUGUUUGAUCACAUAUUGCUCCAUCAGUUUUCCCCCCUUUUCCAUUAUGGGUUAAGAGGCCAAGCUGUCACUGAUUUGGCUUUGUGGUUGAGUGAGUGAAUCCAUGUCAUUACAGACUGUUUCCAGGGUGACCCUUGUUGGUCACCAUGGAUACUAGAAGCUCUGCGUUGUGAAACAGGUGCAGGUAUUCUACUGUAGAUUGGCUGGAAGUUUCUAUUGUGCUUAUCUGUAUGUGGGCAAUUAAUGGUAACGGAAUUGCGCUGAGACUCAGAUUUUUCACUUAAAAUGUAUGCCAAACAAUAAACAUUGAUUUAAAAGUUUAACAAACCAUACAACUAUAUGCACAAGGACUACUUUUAACAUUGUACACUGAAAAUGUAACAAAAACACAUUCACUGAAAGAACUGUGCAGAUGAAAAGUUUGGUAACAGAAUUUUGGUAAUCUCUCUGUUUGUGACCAUGUUUUCACACCUUCACUUUGAAAAAAUCUGUUUUGGUUAUUGAAUUACAGUAAGUGAAGUGAAUGUACACCUGGUAACAUUAUUGCGGUAACGUAAUUUCAUUAUGGGUCCCUGAUUUGUACCUCACAACAUAAUUAUGGAUAUUCAUUUCUUUCUCUUCAUUAUUAUAAUAUUAUUUUAAUGAGAUCCACCACCAAACAAGACCAAAAUUGGUUGGUCUGGAUCAGACAAAAUCUGAACCAAUCAUAGACGUUUCUCUUUCACAAGUACAGCGCAGAACAGUAGACUAUAGUUCAGUACAUUACAGUAGAGUUCAGUAUAGUAAAGUAUAGUACAAUUCAGAGAAGUAAAGCAUUUAUUUUUUCCUACACUAAAUAUAAAUGUUGAUAUUAGUUGGCAGGGGCGUUUAUGUUAACAUUAUUGUGUUUGUAUGUAUUUCUAAUACCUUUUAAAGGCAGAGAGAGCGAGCAAUGACUUCAACCAAUGAGCUUCAGUCCCUCGCCAUCUGAGUGACAGCUAGAAAGAUGCACAUGAUGCACACACAGCAGAGAGAGCAAUGACAUGGUGCACAAAUCAGAUUUUCGAGGAACACUUUUGGCUCGUGAGUGCUACUUUCAGAACUACUGGCUAAAAAGUAUACAAAAGUACAGGAGAAUCUCUUUUAAGACUUUUUCUGGUAGUUGCUUUCUAAGGCCCAUUUUUCCACUUAUUUGACAAUAAAUCAAAUCCUUUGCCUAUACCAAAUUUUUAGGAUGGAAAAUGGUUGAAAAAUGUAUAUGCCUUCAUUUCUCAAAUAUGGACUCUUAGCUUUCAUUUGACACCCAAUUUGCCAUGCUCCUAUGAACUUCACAUGUUGGUGCUCAUGGGGCCUUUUACAUGGAAAUGACCAUGUAUUACGUUAUUUUGCAGCAUUACACGAUGAACGAUGACUUCAAAUACUUGUUGUUUGGUCAUGCCAGUGCAUGAAAAUAGCCGCACACACAUUUAGCUCUAUAUCGAGGCUGUUAAAACAAAACCGAGAUUGUUGGCAUAGCUAUGCUCAGUGGUAAAUGAGUUAUUAUAAGCUUAUUUACUCAUUCCAAUGACACUCAUGAAUGCAGUUUGUUUAACAAGGUUUCUUUCAAGGUUUUUCUACACACAUUAUUGAUUAUAUGAUGAAAUAAGUAAGCAUAGUCAGUCGUGUGAUAUCUUAUUGUUCUUAGCAAUGGAGUCAGGUCUUUUUCCAAGUCAGACCCCUCUCGUAUUAAUGGCACCCAGGCUUGACAAUGCCUCCUCCAGCUCAUCAGCGGAGGAGAAAGUCAAACAAUCAUCCGUAAAAUAAGGGACAUUGAGAGUCCGGUGACGCUGUUAGCGGCCUCAUUUAUCGCCAAGGGGACCACUGACAGACAGACACGUCCAUCUGGGGCCACACCUUUUAACGGCAUUUUCUCGUCCGGUUUCAGAACUGCCUGAGUCGGAGCACCUUAGUGUCGCCGAGGCCACGUGGUUGGCUCUCAACGUGGUGUUGGGGGGCGGGAGCACCACCAACUCUCAGCCAAUCGGAGUCACCAAAAUAGCCAAGUCUGUCAUCGCUCCCCUGGCAGACCACAACAUCUCUGUGUUUAUGCUGUCCACCUAUCAGACGGACUUCAUCCUGGUGAGUGCAGUUCCACUACAGACCCCUCUUAAGUCUAAUUUAUACCCUACGGCAGGGGCAACUUUGAUGGGGACCACAGAAUAUAAGGGGCGGCAGUGGGUCUGCGUACCCAUAUCCAUACCAACACAUGCAGUCAACUGAUUUGCGCAAUCAAUCCAUUUGUGCAGUUAAGCUACUUAACCCUUUUAACUAAAUGCAUUAUACCAAUAGCCAGGGCCGGCCCUAGCUUUUUGGGGGCCCUAAGCAAGAUUUGGUUGGGGGGCCCCGCCACCUCGCUGGCAAAACAUUUUUACUGGCCCCUGUCUUGAUGGUGGAGAGAACAUUUUUAGUUUGAAAGUACAUUUCCUGCAAUUUUACACAUUUUGCUAUGGGAAGGAGUGAAAAUGUUGCAAUUUUAGAAAAAAAAAUCAUGCUAUUAUACUCAUUUUGCCAUUGGGCAGAGAGGAUUUAUUUUCAGUUUUACAGCUAAUUUCCUGCAAUUCUACACAUUUGGACAUGACUUAUGCCAUGUUAAUAUGACACCUGAGUGAGAGUGACUAACAAAAUCAAUGGGGGCUCCCUGGAGGUCAGGGCCCCUGUGCAUGUGCCCUGCGUGCCCAGUCAGUAUUCGGCCAUGAUAUCUGGCUAGACUAACUUACCAAUAAAAAAAAAUGUUAGCUGACAUGACUAAUUGAGUGACUGUCAGUGACUGACAUAAUGAGAGAAACCGCUGAUGCACAACCACAUUUCAAAAUGUCACCUUGUGUAUUCUACUAUUCUAACUCUCAUCAGUAAGUUGAGACCCCCCCCCAAAAAAAAAAAUAUAUUUUUGGGUCGGGGCCCCGGUUUUGGAAAUUCAUCCGCGGGCCGUCUGUUGCCCAUCACUGCCCUUCAUAGUCGACAACGCAAAACUUACAAAUAGCUGCACAAAAUGGUGAUCCUGCGUAGUUGCGUAGCAAAACUAUGCAGAUGUGGGCAGCCCCGCAGUUACAAACUUGACGUAAGUAAACAGGAUUGCCGUUUUGCGUUCUUCAAUUGCGUACCUACUGUACAAAUGAGGCUUUAGAAGUGCUGUUGUAUGCCUUCCUCAACUCUGCAAGGAACACAUGCAAGAUAACAGCCAGAAAAUUGCAAAAACAUGGUUAUUGCCAAUUGUCAUGAGCAUCUUGGCACGUCAUUCUCCCGUCACGUGUUAUUGAUCCUCAGUCACAUUCAGUUUGAGGAUGUACAGUGAGCUCCAAAAGUAUUGGGACAGUGACUCAUUUUUUGUUGUUUUGGCUCUGUACUCCAGCACUUUGGAUUUUAAAUUAUACAAUGACUGAGAAGUGCAGACUGUCAGCUUUAAUUUGAGGGUAUUUUCAUCCAUAUCGGGUGAACCGUUUAGAAAUUAGAGCACUUUUUCUACAGCACUUUUUCUACAUAGCCCCCCCCCCAUUUUAGGGGAACAAAAGUAUUGGGACAAAUUCACUUAUGUAUUAAAGUAGUCAAGUUUAGUAUUUGGUCCCAUAUUCCUAGUAUGCAAUGAUUACAUCAAGCUUGUGACUCUACAAUCUUGUUGGAUGCAUUUCCUGUUUGUUUUGGUUGUUUCAGAUUAUUGUGUGCCCAAUAGAAAUGAAUAGUAAAUAAUGUAUUGUGUCAUUUUGGAGUCACUUUUAUUGUAAAUAAGAAUAUAAUUAGUUUUCUAAACACUUCUAUAUUAAUGUGGAUGCUACCAUGAUUAGGGAUAAUCCUUAAUACAACGUGAGAAAGUUAGACGCACAAAUAUUAUACCCCACCAAAAAAUGCUAACCUCCCCUGUUAUUGUAAUGGUGAUAGGUUAGCAUGUCUUGGAGUUAGGAUAUUUGUGCGUCUAACUUUCUCACUCAUCAUUAUUCACGAUUCAUUCAAGACUAGAGGUGUUUAGAAACAUAUUGUAUUUUUAUAUUCUAUUUAUUUACAAUAAGUGACUCAAUACAAUAUUUACAAUUUUUGGUGGUCCUCUGUAGCUCAGCUGGUAGAGCACGGCGCUUGUAACGCCAAGGUAGUGGGUUCGAUCCCCGGGACCACCCAUACACAAAAAUGUAUGCACGCACGACUGUAAGUCGCUUUGGAUAAAAGCGUCUGCUAAAUGGCAUAUUAUAUUAUAUAUUAUAUUAUACAAUUCAUUUCUAUCGGGCACAAAAUAAUCUGAAACACAAACAGCAAAUGCAUCCAACAAAUUUGUAGUCACAAGCUUGAUGUAAUCAUUGUGUGCUAGGAAUAUGGGACCAAAUACUAAACUUUUGACUAUUUUAAUACAGUGAAUUUGGCCCACUAAAAUGGAAAUACCCUCAAAUUAAUGCUGACAAUCUGCACUUCAACCUCAUAGUCAUUGUAUCAUUUAAAAUCCAAAAUGCUGGAGUACAGAGACAAAACAACAGCUCACUGUAUUUGUCAGUUUAGCUGCUUAUUCUUGCAAGUAUUACUGAACAUUGUAACCUGUUAUGUUACCAGUGGUCCAGUGGAAAGGAAUGAAGGUAGCCUACUGUUAUACAUAGGUAAUGGAAAAUAGCUUAUGAAACAUGCCAUUUUAGUCUAGUAUUCCCCCACUCGAUAUGAAAAGACAAUAGCAGCAGAUCUACAGUACCUCCCUGGGCGGCACUUUUGCUUUGACCAGCUGCUUAAUUACACCAGUCCUUUCUCAUGCCAGGCCUUUUUGGCCAUAGGGAGUCUUUUUAUUACCUGCUACUAAGAGGGGGAAGAAGAAAACAAGGUCUGCUGAAUAACUGUGGCCUUUGUAAGGAAAUAAUAAAUAAAUUGUUGAUAAUCUGGCUGUAGUUAUUUAAAGAGGAUCAGUCUCGGCUCAGUCUCUUGCUGGAAUUCCCGGUAACAUUCAUGGCCACUGUUUUCCCUCCACGCCACGGCCUAAUCACUGGCUCUAAAGAAAUGGAGGAAACAACCUGCGUCUCUCUCAUCCGUUUCUCUCGCUCGCUCACUCUGCCUCAGUCUCUCUGUCUACUUGUCUUGAUGUCUUACUCACUAUCUUUCUCUAUGGUUCUAUCUUGCAUGCUCUCUUUAUCGGUAUUUGAGGGUCAGAGGAAGACCAGCCAGGCCGAAGCCUCUUUUUUUAAAUGAUGAUUUACGAUGAUUUGCGUUACAUAAACGGUGGGGCCCGACCCAAAUGCAGAAUGCAGUCAUUUAGAGCAGGGUUUCCCAAACUCGCCCCCCCCCCCCCCCCCCCCCCCCCCCCGGUGCACGUUUUGGGUUUUGCCUUAGCACUACACAGCUGAUUCAUCAUAAAGCUUUGAUUAUUUGAAUUAUUUGACCUACAAUUGCAUGAAAUGCAUUUAUAAAAGGCCACAUUCUUUCCGGACCCUAGACUACAAAAAAAUUUCCCCAUGUGGCGACUUCUGUAAGUACCUCUACUCUACUGCUCUAUACCACUACGCAAAUGCGAUGAUAUGCAUGCAAUGCUUUAUUAUAAAGGUGAUUUUUAUUUUAAAGGUCACCCCCCUCUCUCGCUCACUUUUUGUUCCGGCACCUCCCGAUUUACAAAUUAUGCACUGUAAAUUGCUCUGGAUAAGAGCUAAAUGACUAAUGUAAAUGGAACUGACAAGGUAGCUUUGCAUUAGGCCCAUGUAAUGGGCAGCUAUUUGGGGCAUUUUAAUUACACUUUGAAAUUAGAUUUUGAAGCAGAAGACAGUCUCCACCCUUUUAAAGCAUUGCAUUCAUUUGGGAGGUUGUUGGGCCAAACUUUUUACUAAUCAGACAUACAGUACCUGCCUAAAAUGCUUUAUUAACAUUUGCUGUAGCCACGGGCUCCUUUCUUUUACUUACACUUGAAGUGUUCAGAUAAGCAAUAUGCAGAAGCUCUGAGUUCUUUUGAAAUGUCACUGAAUUGUUUGCUAUUGGGACACCAUUGUUUCUUUUCCCUGAUAAGUGCAGAUUAAACUUGCAGUGUUUGAAGUGCAAAUGUGACUUACUUUCUGAUGUAAUUGAAUCAACCGUCAACCGUUCAAAUGCUAUUUCACGUUUAUAUAAAACUCUAACUUUUAGGUUUUCCCGGUUGUAACAAGUGUGUUGUGUUUUGGUUGACCCCUAGUUGUUGAUGGUGUUGUGGUUGUCAGGUUCGAGAGCGGGACCUGCCCAUGGUCAUGCACACCCUGUCUUCUGAGUUCACCCUGAUGAGGGUGGUCAACGGAGAGACCGUGGCCGCCAACAGCCUGGGAAUCACCAAUGGCUUUGUCAAGCCUAAACUC